UGACAGGAGAAAGAGACUUGAAGUUUUCUUUUUACUUGUGUAAUAUAAAUACAAAGGUAAGGAAAAAGUAAGUUCGCACAUCAGUCAACAGAAACCGCUACUGGAAAAAGAACGAAUAUUCUGUCUCCAAAAGCAGGUGAUGAUAACUUGUCACUUAAAGGUUGUCGAGAGUCUGUUUUUUGAAGAAGCCGCGAGUGGAAUAUAAUAUUACACGGUUUCUGGGGCGAAUCAAGGACAACUAAAUUGCUAAUUGUUUCUUCCUUUUUAAUUUAUCCACGGAUAGCCAACGGAUUGUUAAAUGCACUGAGGUUCAGGAUCUGGCGAAGGAGUAUUUGUAUAGUACUGGCGCCUCGAGACUAAUUUUGACUGCAUACUCGCACAUCUCACGGGUCUGUGGAUAUUAAUCACGCGUCACGUCGACACGGUUGGGAAAUAGCCGCAAAAUCUCAGAGGUUUAGCGACAAAUUAUUGCUAAGAGAGGAAGAAAAACCUGGAAAAAUUAGACUGAGGCGAUUUAAUUGAAAAGAAAAUUGCCUGCCUUUAUUUGAUGAGUGGACUCGCACAGGUUAUCCGGUUGAUAAUGUUUAAAGACCUUGAUGGGCAUGUCGACUGGUGCAUCUGCCUUAACUAAAUAUCCAAUUGAAAAUUCAUCAGAUUUAGUCAGACAGAACAUGGAAAUUGGCUAUAAAGAACAGUAAAAUUGGCUUCCUUGCGUUCAUCAUAGCUGCCUUAGUUUCAUUUGGACCAAUCGCAGGCUGACCACUGACGUCAACUGAUCGCGUUCACGGCGGUAAAGGCGACAUUUGAAGCCUCCUUUCACAACUCCGUUAAAUUUAUAAGGGAUCCGAACUUCAAGACAUCAAGCCACCAAUUUGAAGCGCUACAUUUUCCUGAAAGUAGUCCCUUGCGCGCUUUCGUAAGGUGUACGGCUUAGAUAACUACUUCUGGUUUGCUAUUUAGCGGGAUAGUCUUCACUGAGUUUUCACGACCGGUUGAAAGGUUACGGUUACAGCCCGGCAUUAUCAUAUUUCGUCUCCGUUGCAGAAUUUACCGGAAAUAUUGGCUUUGGGAUACACUUUUCGUCGGCUCCUAUUAUUUUAAAAAAAAUAUAUAGUGGUGCCUAUAGCGACGUAGAGAACAAAAAUAAAUUCAACGUUGAAGAAAGGAAAUUGCACCGUUCGAUUCCACAAGCCGGUUUGCAGUCGCCACUAUGACGGAAUACUUCUCCCAAAGAAACUUCAGCAAUGUGACCUCGACAAUUCCUCCGACACUACAGCCUCAAGCUGCGUACGAGGAUAAGCUUGUGUGGCUAAGAGUUGUAUUUUAUGGUGUAAUAAGCAUUGUUGGUACCGUAGGAAACGCUCUGGUCAUAUUAGCAUAUCGAAAUCCUCGGAUGCGAAGUGUAACCAAUCUUUUUAUAGCGAAUUUGGGCGUUGCAGAUCUGACUGUGACUCUCAUAAACGUUCCCAUCACAGUGACGUAUUCUGUACUACAGUACUGGCCAUUUGGCGAGUUUCUUUGUAAAGCCAUACCUUUUAUACUCGGGGUCACUCUCUUCUCCUCCGUCGGAACGUUGAUAGCCAUCGCAGCGGACCGAUACCGCGCUAUAGUCCAUCCACUGCUUCCAAGAAUUCGAACGCGACAUGCGAUCAUGAUCAUUGCAGCAAUUUGGAUCGCCGCGUUCAUCUAUCCAAUUCCGUUAAUAAUUUACCAACAUUUUACAGAAGGCCGGUGUGAAGAAAAAUGGCCCACAGAAAAGGCUAAGAGGAUCUUCACGGUUGCUGUGUUUGCAGCACUUUAUCUGAUACCACUGAUCGCCAUAUCGGUACUGUAUUUUUUAAUUUGUCACAAUCUUAACACUUCGGAAUCUUCUACUCAGGAAGGAGCUCGCCGAGCGAGGAAAAGCGUCAUACGUAUGCUAGUUGUUGUGGUAGUUCUGUUUACCGUUUGCUGGCUUCCAUACCACGUGAUGAUGAUGUACGAUAACUUUGGUGGAAAAAUGACGGGCACCGUCUUUCAGUUGAUAAUGUUUGGCUUUUGGUUAAGUUUUGCCAACAGUUGCUGUAACCCCAUUGUUUACGCAGUAUUGAACCGCAACUAUCGAAAAGAGUUCGGUAGAUUGCUAAGGUGUCAAGCACCUAAAGCCUACAGGAAGUCUGGCUCGCAACAUGGUAAGAACAGACGAUUUUCUUUGGAAACAAAAACAAGUUACAAGAUAACCAAGCUAUCUCUGAAUAAAAAGAAUAGUACCAACGAAGAUCUUUCAAUGGAAAACAAAGCCAUGGCUAAUAGCGUCCAAGGAAACAGUUCAAGCGGCAACUCAAGCCAAGGACCAAAAGAUGAAAAACUGCCGAAAAAACAACAGAGCAAGGUGAAGAAGACUAAACCCAUUAUGGUUUAAAGUCCAUGCAUGAUAACAAUAAAGUUGCAUGUAAAAACAAUGGAUCCUCUGCGACACUCGCGGCCAUCACAAAGACAUUGGAGCGCGGUUUUUCUUUAUUGCUUAAUUUUAUCGUCGAGCGAAAAUCUCACUGCGAACCAAAGCAACACGUUUAGGGAAAAAAACGUUCAUGUUAGCCCACGACGAGUUUCUUUAAUUUGCAAUCCUAUUCAGGUUAUGGCCCGAUACAGAUCUCAAGUCUGCUACUCAGAGGGAGCGAAAUUUUGUCGCCCAAUCAAGCACUGAUUAAUGAACUCACUGCACGCAGGAGUUAACAAAAAAAAUUAACAGAAAUUUUUGAUAAUGGUAUUCAUUUGCAUCAGAUAAUGCUGGAAAUUAACUGAAUGCGACGAUACAGACAAUAUAAAAGGAAUCCCGUCAGUCACUUCAACCUGAACGAUCGGUUGUACAUGCAACCGGAAAGCUCAGUGUUAAAACUUAUGAAAUAUCAACAGGUAUGUCUGCUCUCCUCUUUCGAUUAUAAAGUCAGCUCAUAGCCCAGUUUCGUUACACUUGUGAGCGGUCAUGGAGUCUAUAAAAGGCUAGAGACAAUUUUGCAAAUACUAAAAAUAUGUGCAAUACAAAAAUGAUCAGUACUGAACUGAACGAUCCGAGUAAUUCACUGCAUGUAAGUAGUAAUCCUUUUGAAAUUUCACGGGCAUAUGCCGAGAUGGAAAUGUAACAGUUUGCGUUAGAAAGUGAAGGAAAUAGACCAUGAGUGUCAUUAAGAGAUUAGAAACUGUUUACAAUCUCUUGGCGUCAAGAAAAGUUUACCUCUGCGAAUACGAGUCAAAAUACCACUUGAAAUUUCCCCCUUCAAAUAUGGACAAAUCUUUCGCUUACUUUUAAAGCUGUGAGCUAUGACCACUGGUUUAGCACCCUCUAAACAGAGUUUCAUAUUAACAGCAAGCUACGUAAAUAUUUAAGUCAAUCGAUAACCAUUUGACGCGACCACGUAGAGGUUCUGAUUUCAACAUUGUGCCAUUUAAGAUGAACAAAGUGUUCAUAAGUAUCGAAGACAUUCCAUUUUACAUAAAGCGAAUUUCAUACAUGUACAACAACAACAGAAGGUUGGUUAUAUUUAAAGCUAUGUCUAAUUUGCAUGAACUAAACAAGCUUUCUCCCUUCAACCGUUUUUACGAACUGAAUGAGGAAAUCUCUUUACUUUCUGAAGAUGGGAGAUCUUUUUCAUUCUUUUUUCUUUCGGUUAUACUCAAGAGCAAGAGGAAAAUUAAGGGUUACAGGACAAGUUCAGCGAAAUAAGUGUUAAAUUUUACCGCACACGUGGUUGUAAAUCAACGUGGAAUUCUUAUUGAGCUCAAGAAUUCCACACUGAAUCUUGUAAGGAUCUUCUCGGAAAACAGGGCUGCUUUGUGAAGAUCAUACAACAAAAUAGAUCGGAAUAAAUUAACCUCACCUUG